AGCCUAUUAAACAUCAAAUUAGGUUAUGAUUUUACAAAUUAAGCACCAAAACAUCAUGUUAGACAACAAAUUUGACAGAAAAAGUAGUUCAGUACGCAGUAAUGCUAUGUAGUAAUUAUUGUAUUUACGAAUUUAGCACCAAAAUAUCAUGAUGUAUUGAAAACAUUGACUACAAAAAUGCAUUGGAUAAUCCAGAACGUUGGAUAAGCGAGUGUUGGAUAAGUGAGACUCUACUGUAGUAGGUUCUCCUCUGACUGAAUGUGGAUAGUGAGGGGAAGCAGGUAGAAGGCGCCGACUUCCCAGAUCUUGGGAGUUGGAGACACGGAAGAAUUUAGAACUUGUGCUGCCUUCUGACUCUAACCAUUUAAGGCUCCUUCUCUCAAGAGCCAGAUAUAGGGAAUAGCAAUGGAACGGGGAGGUUGAAAGUAACCCCGACUCCUUCCACCCCACUCUGGGCCACCAUAUGGCUAAGAGAUAGGCUUGCUCUCUGCUUGCUCUCCUUUUCAGUGCAAAGAGAGGAUGCGGCCGGUGAAGAAAGCGCUGAAGCAGCUGGUCAAUCCGAAGAGAGGGCUGUCUGAGAAGGAUCAGGUGGAGCACAUCCGGAGGUGCCUCCUGGAGAUCGGUGACCACAUCUCCGAGUGCUUGAAGGCGUUCUCGGAGCAGGAGGAGCUCAAGCUCUGGAGAGGGAACCUCUGGAUCUUUGCCUCCAAGUUCACAGACUGUGAUGCGAGGAAGCUGCACAACCUGUACAAGAGGGUGCACAAGAAGCGGUCCCAGGAGGAGGAGUGGAAACAGCAGAAGAAAGAAGAGGCCACCGGAGCCAAGAAGAUGUCUCGCCCGGAGCACUGUGGGUCCAGCUUGUAUUCCGUUUUGUCUCCCUUGCCCAACGCCACUUCAGCUCCUGCUCCUGCUCCUGCUCCUGCUCCUGCUCCUGCUCCUGCUCCUGCUCCUGCUCCUCCUCUUCCUCCUCCUCCUCCUCCUCCUCCUCCAAAGGUCCAGCAUCCACAGCCCCAUCCUUCUCAGAUACAUGGGCAACAGUGUGACAACUACAGCUACCCGAAGAAAAGGCCUUUCAGUAAUUCGGACCGAAGCGACUGGCAGCGGGAGCGCAAGCUCAGCUACGGCGGCAACUCCAGGCAAGGACGGGGUGGAGAACGGCACAGGCACAAGGAGCACCACGAUGGAGACCGCUGCCCACGCGAGGAACCUCAUUGCAGCUCGGAGAGCUACCAGCCCAAGACCCCCUCUCGCAAGCAGCCCCGUGAGCAGGACAACAGUGACCGGGACCACCGGGGCCACCGUGACUCCUAUGACCGGCACCACCAUGAUCCCAAGCGGCGAAGAACCGAAGAGAUCCGUCCUCACCAGCAAGAAUUCAGGCGGAUGUCGGACCCCAUCGGCUACCACGGCCAGGGGCCUUCAGACCACCACCGCUCUUUCCUCCCGGAGAAGUCUGGUGAUUCUAAGAUGUCCUCUGCUCCUCCCUCCAAGUACUACGAUCCUCGCUCCCCACAUGCACAGAAAGCCCCACAUGAAGCCAUGUCUGUCUUUGAACACCGGUCCCCCCUGCAAGGGUUAUAUAGGGAUCAGAAGAUCAGUCCUGGAUAUAACUGGCGCAGCCGGAAGACAUAAGAACCCGGAGAUUAGAUUUAUUUAUUUUCUCUUUUUGUAGGUAGUCUGUCAGUAGUUUCCAGUCCGUUCUAUGAAUUGAUGUUCUAUCCUGGGCCAAUUUUUGUGUCAGGAAGUCCACAUUCAUUAUGUCCAACACUUUAGAAAUCCAUUUUUCAAUACUAGGUAUUUUAUCCUUUGUAAUUGCAUAGAUCACUAAACCUUUACUUUUUAAGGUUGCCUUCUCAAUAGUCAUUUUUUAUAUACAUAUUUAUUUUCUCUUUUUGUAGGUAAUCUGUAAGUAGUUUCCAUUCCGCUCUAUUAAUUGAUGUUCUAUCCUGGGCCAAUUUUUGUGUCAGGAAAGCCAUAUUCAUUAUGUCCAAGUCUUUAGAAAUCCAUUUUUCAAUACUAGGUAUUUCUUGAAAUUUCCAUUCCUGUGCCAGAGUAGCCGCUGUUGUAAAAUAGAAUAUAAUCCUAUCUGUGUUUUUAUCUACCUGUGGAUUUGUGAUUCCCAAUAAAAAUAUUUAUGAUUUAAA